AUGUUCAAAUCGUUCGGCAAGAUGAUGGGGUCCUCCAAGAAGGGAAAGUCGAAGUCGGCAGAUGGCGAUGACUUUCCCAAUGAGGAUGGCAGCUUUGCGGAUGGGACCAACUAUGGCAGGACACGAGCGAAAGAUGCGGCUUCCUUGAGCGCCGAGAAUGGCGGCGGCAUACCAGGCUCUCGAAGUGGGAGAACAACGCAAGGACGCGGACCGAGUGGCGCUACAGCUGCUGCCGCCGCGUCGCCGAAUCAUGCCGAUGACGCCGUUCCGACAAGGAUUGAAAAGCAGGGUGGAUUGAGUCGCCAUGAAUCUCCCUUACCUUCACCUUCUUCAUCGCACGCUGAUGGUCUGAAUGGAAGCGGUAAUGAUGCCAUGUCUCCUACACCCGGUCCCGACGAGUCUUUCACAAGUCAAUCUGCAUCAGCCCAGGCAGGAGCAGCUGCGGCCAAUGCGCCCGCGGGUAUCCCUACUACGCAAACAAUCUUGGCGAACCCCAUGGGGAUCGGUGGAACAUCGGGACCUUCUUCAGCAUCGAGAGGAAGCAUGGCGGGCAGCGGAUCUGCGAGCGGCCUCGGAAGUGCGGGCGGACCGACACCGGAAGGUGUGCGCACUUUCGAUAUCGACGACAUGAUCACCAGGCUGCUCGAAGCAGGCUACAGCACGUCCAAGCUACCCAAACCUGCUCUCAAGAACGCCGAAAUUACAGCAGUCUGCACUGCGGCGCGAGAAGUCUUCUUGUCUCAACCUACAUUGAUAGAGCUCAGUCCACCAGUCAAGAUUGUCGGAGACACGCAUGGCCAGUAUCAGGACUUGUUGCGCCUCUUCGAGAUGUGCGGUUUCCCUCCUCAAGCAAAUUAUUUGUUCCUUGGUGAUUACGUGGAUCGUGGUAAACAGAGCCUGGAAACCAUCCUCUUGCUGCUCUGCUACAAGAUCAAAUAUCCAGAAAAUUUCUUCUUGCUGAGGGGAAACCACGAAUGUGCAAACGUGACCAGAGUGUACGGCUUCUACGAUGAAUGCAAGCGACGAGUGAACAUCAAGAUUUGGAAGACCUUCAUCGACGUCUUCAACACUUUGCCCAUCGCAGCCGUCGUAGCCUCCAAGAUCUUCUGUGUGCAUGGCGGCCUGAGCCCGUCGCUGUCCAACAUGGAUGACAUCCGACGCAUCGAGAGGCCGACCGAUGUGCCUGACUAUGGUCUGCUCAACGACUUGCUGUGGUCAGACCCCUCAGAUACUGCGCUAGACUGGGAAGACAACGAAAGGGGCGUUAGCUACUGCUUUGGCAAAGCAGUCAUUCAGCAAUUCUUGGCGCAGUAUGAUUUCGAUCUCAUCUGCAGAGCUCACAUGGUGGUAGAGGAUGGGUACGAAUUUUGGAACGAGAGGACGUUGGUUACGAUCUUCUCGGCGCCAAACUACUGCGGAGAGUUCGACAAUUUCGGCGCAGUGAUGAGCGUCUCAGAAGACUUGCUGUGCGCCUUCGAAUUGCUCAAACCGCUUGACUCGACCGCACUGAAGAAAGAGAUGGCGAAGAACAAGAGGCGCUCGAUGCAGCAGCAUCAGUCCCCUCCUGCACAAAGGCAAGGGUCGUACUAG